AUGGGGGUCGCUCAGGUUCUCAAAUCCCGCUCGGCGCUCCGGGUGAAUAAUAAGAGUACCACCUCUGCAGCUACGCUCACCUUGCGUCAGAGUCUGUGGCCCCUCGCCCUGGUCACGAUUCUCUUCUUUAUGUGGGGUUUUGCCUAUGGACUGCUAGAUACUCUUAACAAGCAUUUCCAAAAUACACUUAACAUCACCCGGACUCGUUCCUCGGGUCUUCAGGCCGCAUAUUUCGGGGCCUAUCCACUCGCAUCGCUGGGUUACGCUAACUGGAUUCUGCGUCACUACGGAUACAAGGCCGUCUUUAUCUUCGGACUGACCCUGUAUGGUAUUGGAGCGCUUUGCAUGUGGCCGGCCGGCCUCAAUCGGUCCUUUGGGGGUUUCUGCGCGGCCACAUUCGUCAUCGGGUCGGGGCUGGGGUCCUUGGAGACCGCUGCCAAUCCGUACCUUACCGUCUGUGGACCACCGAAGUACGCUGAAUUGCGAAUCAACCUUGCCCAGGCUUUCAACGGCAUCGGCACCUGCGUCGCGCCAGCCUUGGCCUCAUACGUCUUCUUCACCGAUACCCAGGACGAUGUAGCGGCCUUGAAGAGCGUGCAAUGGGUCUAUCUCGCCAUCGGCAUCUUCGUCUUCAUUCUUGCUGGGGUCUUUUACCUAUCCAACAUCCCCGAAGUCACCGACGAGGACAUGGCCUUCCAAGUUGCCGAAACCCACGUUGACGAGCAGGAAAAGCCACUCUGGAAGCAAUAUAAGCUGUUCCAUGCUGCCUUGGCUCAGUUUACAUACACCGGUGCCCAAGUCGGCAUCGCAGGCUAUUUCAUCAACUACGCCGUCGAAACCUGGCCCGGCACCUCGAGCGCCACGGGCUCCAAGUACCUCGCCGGUGCGCAGGGCGCCUUCACCGUCGGCCGCUUCUCCGGCGCCUUGCUCAUGAAAUACAUGCGUGCGCGCUGGGUCUUUCUGGUAUAUCUUUCGGGCGUGGUGGCGUUCCUCGCUGCGUCCAUCACCCAAAGAGAGCAGAAUGGAAUUGCCAUGCUUUUCGUCACCAUGUUUUUUGAGUCUGUCUGCUUCCCCACCAUCGUCGCACUGGGUAUCCGCGGUCUGGGCCGCCACUACAAGCGCGGGUCUGGCUUCAUCGUCGGCGGUGUCUGCGGUGGUGCCGUCGUGCCGCCCCUCCUGGGCCAUGUGGCCGAUAUGCACAACAGCACGGGCUUCGCCAUGAUUGUCCCCACGAUUUUCAUGGUCGCUGCGUGGACGUAUGCCGUCGCCGUCAACUUUGUGCCUGCGUACCGCGAUACGGUCGACAAGGUCGGCGACAGCCAGAUCGGGUUGACCGAGGGUGAUGGAGCUGGCGUGAUGAAGGACAUCGAGGCUCGGGGGAUGGAGAAGUCGGCGGAGGGGUCCGUCCACAUUGAGCAUUGA